UUUGGUUUUUGAGAGGAGAUGGUAAAUUGUUUUUCCGGAGGAAGGUGAGUAGAAUAUUUCAGCUAAACCUAAAACCCAAAACCCUCUUACCUCUGUUUAUUUUUGGUGUCUAGCUCCGCUUCGAGUUUUUGCCUGCAGCCAUGGUUAAGAAGCACCAAGAACCCGCUCUUGUUGGCGGCGAGCAAUUUGGCGAACAAACUGACAAGAAGAAGAAGAUGAAGAAGAAGGAUAAGCACAAAGAAUCUAAUUUUGACGAACAAGAGGAACUAAAUAUAAAGAGAAAGCUUGAGGAAACUGAAAUUCAACAAGGCUUCAAGAAAAAGGAAAAGAAGAAAAAGAGAAAGGAAGAAAAGGAAAAUGGCGGAGACAAGGACGAAGAAAUCAAGCUCCAUGAAAAUAACAAUGGGCAUGAGUUAACGCAUGUUAAUUGCAAAGAAGGUGAUGAAGAGGCAGUGGCGGUUACUGGAAAGGAUGCUGAAGAAGCAAAAUAUGCACCAUUAACAUCGUUCUCCGAGUCUAACCUGCCAGAUAGUGUCUUGAAAUGCUGCAAGAGUUUUAAAAAUCCAUCUCCGAUUCAGGCCCAUGCGUGGCCAUUUUUAUUGGAUGGGCGUGAUUUUAUUGGGAUUGCAAAGACUGGCUCAGGCAAGACUUUGGCAUAUGGGAUACCGGCAGUGAUGCAUGUUUUGAAGAAACGAAAAGGGGCAUUGUCAAAGAGGGUGAACCCCCUUUGCCUUGUACUUGCGCCUACAAGGGAAUUAGCUGAUCAAAUUUCAGUUGUUCUACAUGAUGCUGGGGAACCUUGUGGUGUGAAAUCAGUGUGUUUAUAUGGAGGAACCUCCAAAGGACCUCAAAUUUCUUCACUGAAGUCUGGUGUUGACAUUAUCAUUGCAACCCCUGGACGGUUGAAGGAUUUGAUUGAAAUGAAUGUAUGCCACCUAACGGAAGUAUCUUUUGUGGUCCUUGAUGAAGCAGAUAGAAUGCUUGACAUGGGAUUUAGACAAGAAGUUCGCUCUAUAUUGAGCAACACAUGUUCUGAUCGCCAAAUGAUAAUGUUUAGUGCUACAUGGCCUAUAGAUGUUCAUAACCUGGCUGAGGAGUAUAUGGAUCCUCAUCCCAUUAAGGUAGUAGUUGGUUCAGAGGAUACGGCUGCCAACCACGAUGUCAUGCAAAUUGUUGAGGUCUUGGAUGAACAUGCGAGAUAUGGACGUUUGCUUGCUUUACUAGAAAAAUAUCAUAAAUCGCAAAGAAACAGAGUAUUAGUUUUUGCCUUGUACCAAAAGGAAGCUGAGCGUCUUGAUGGAAUGCUAAAAACGAGUGGUUGGAAGGUAGUUUCGAUACACGGCAACAAAGCACAAGAUCAACGAACAAAGGCACUAUCAUUGUUCAAGAAGGGCAGCUGUCCUUUGAUGGUAGCUACUGAUGUUGCUGCUCGAGGAUUGGAUGUUCCGGAUGUUGAAGUAGUGAUCAACUAUAGUUUUCCACUUACGACAGAGGAUUAUGUCCACAGAAUUGGGAGGACUGGACGUGCUGGUAAGAAAGGUGUUGCUCACACAUUUUUCACACAUCAUAACAAGGGACUUGCUGGAGAGCUGGUGAAUAUUCUCCGCGAAGCUGGACAAGUUGUGCCAGCUGGCCUUUUGAAAUUUGGCACUCACGUGAAGAAAAAGGAGUCCAAGCUUUAUGGGGCUCACUUCAGGGAAAUAUCUGCAGAUGCUCCAAAGGCCAAGAAGAUUAGAUUCGACUCGGAUGAUGAAGAUUGAAUUUAUUGAGACUGGCAGCAGUCACGAUUUGACAAUUUAAACUGCUUGACAGACUUCCAUUUAUCCUAAAUUAUAUAUUGAUUUUUUUUUUUUCCUUUACUUGCAGCAGGUUUGUCUCCUUUAUUUGUCAAUCUGCUGUUAUGUAACUUUAAUUCCUUGGCAAUUGCCUACAACCAUUUAGGAUAAAAAUUAAAGUUUUCAGCUUUAGUUAUUAAUUCAAUUAUCACUUCAUAUCA